UCAAUACUGAAAUAAAUUUCCUGGACUCUAACAUUCAAAAGAGGACUGCGUUUUAACUUUUUGCUGACCUGCUUGGAGUAGAUAUGUUGGGUAAAAUGUGAAGACUUAAUGCGAAGUUGGGACUUGGUUUCCACAAGGACUGUGCGAUGGUCACUUGUACUGAUGCAGUCAUGGACAAAUGCAUCUGUAGCUGGCAGACUGGCAAAAUUACAAAGAUUUUCAUUACUCAUCUCCAUGGUGACCAUCUCUUUGGGUUGCCUGGUCUCUUGUGCACCAUGAGUCUCCAAAGUAGUUCCCUGAUAAAGAAACAGCCUGUAGAGAUUUAUGGACCUAUUGGAUUAAGGAAAUUUUUGAGGACGAGCAUGGAACUUUCUCACUCACAAUUGGUCUUCCCAUAUGUAGUCCAUGAAUUGGUUCCAACAGAAGAUCAGUGUUUCCCUGAGGAAUGGAGGGAGCCCUGUGCACUGAAAGCGGAUGAUCAACUUCACCCUCAGGAAUUGCAAGGGAAAACAAUUUAUCAUAAUCCUCAGGAAGACUGCUACAAUCUUGUGACUCAAGAGCAGUUCAACAUAAAGGCCUUCAAGCUUUUUCAUCGUAUACCAUCUUUCGGAUUUGUAAUUGAGGAGAGAAAACGACCAGGAAGACUUCAGACACAAAAACUGAAAGAGAUGGGUGUUCAACCAGGACCUUUAUACGGGAAACUAAAAAAUGGACAAACCAUCACUCUAAACAAUGGAUUUACAAUUUUUCCCAUGGAUGUACUGGAAGAUCCCCUUCCAGGUCGGAAAAUAUGUAUUUUGGGGGAUUGCUCACAUGUUGUGGGCGAUGUGAGUAAGAACCUUUGCAUUGAUGCAGACGUGCUGGUACAUGAGGCCACACUAGACGACAGUCAGUCAGACAAGGCUGAAGAGCAUGGACACUGCACUCCAAAGACUGCUGCAGAGUUUGCAAGAUCAUGUAAAGUUAAACAACUGGUCCUUACUCACUUCAGUCAAAGAUACAAACCUACAGCCCUUACGAAUGCAGGCGAUGAUGAUGUAACGGAACUGAAGACACAGGCUAAGCUGGUUUUGGAAGGACAGGAAGUUACACUAGCUGAAGACUUUAUGGUUAUUGAAAUCCCUCUAAACAAGGCUAAGCAACAAAUAUUCUCUGCACAUUAACAAUAUUUCAGAAAGGAUAUAACAGUAAUCUAGAUCAAGAUUCAACAUGCUAAACUUUACAGCAAGACUAAAUUGCAAAUGUAGGUUUUAUAAAUUUACAAUGGAAGCAUAAUUUAUUAUUGAAGUGGUCAUCAAUUUUUAAUCUAUAUCCUUAAUUAAUUUGACUGUGGAUCAGAAAUGAAAGUGAUUGUGCUGUCAUGUUGUUCUUGAUUUACAUGGUUUGGAUGUUGUAUGCUUAGAAUCUGUGUUGUACCUACUCCUUCCUUUCACUGCACUAAGCCUUGAUAAAAUUUAGCUCAUCCUGUACAAAAUUUGGGGUGACUGAUUGAUUCAUUUUUUUUCAAACAAGUACUCUGUAUGGUGAGAUGAAUUCAAGCGAUUACUAUGGAGAUAGAAGGGUAGGGGUUGGAAUUUAUGAAUACUCUUGGUUGCACAAUCAAAUGAAUUUCACACUUUUCUCUCUGGAAAGAUCUAGCCACAGACGACACAUUUGGAAUUGCAAGUCAAACCUAACAACUGAACAUAAUUUUUUUCUGAUGAAGAGUCUAGGCCCGAAACAUCUGCUUUUGUGCUCCUGAGAUGCUGCUUGGCCUGCUGUGUUCAUCCAGCUUCACACUUUUUUAUCCAUAAUUUUUCUUCUAGUACUUUUGAGUGGAUGUCAAUGAAAUAUAUCACAGUUCUCCAAGUUUAUCCAGUGAAUAUCUGAACCAUACUAAGUGACUGUUCUGUCCUACUUUGUCCCACUAAGGACAGCUAAUUCAGGAUAAUGUUGGGAUGUUUUCAGUGGAUCAGUUUUUGCAGGGGAAAACUUGUGUUUUGUCCCUGCAUCUAACCAAUAAGUAGUGACCCAGCAGAAGGUCCCAAUUGUGACGACGAGGUGAAUGCAGUGUUGUUUGAUAUUGAUUUGUUUUCCUGUUACCCCAUUCUCACUUGGAAGGAGUCUUCAAAAAAAAUUCUUUGAUCAAUAAUAUUCAAAUACCAGCUUGUGCAAUGUGAAGGCGAACUUAACAAUAGUCACAGUUUUAUUCCAGUUUUUUCCAUAUUGCUUGAAGCCUCAAUUGUAUUCCAGAUGCAGUACUGGUCUUCCAAUAGCUUACUUAAAUGACCAUUCCUUAUCUAAAUCUGGAAAAAGAACAUUAUUUACUGUUGCUUAUAAUUACACCCUGUACUAUCCUUAUUAAUAAAGUUAUUCAUACAUCCCAGAAAAAAGUAUUAUGUGAUGUCAUGGGUACUGCCAAACCAAACUGUUGUACAGUCGAGGUGUAGGGUGUAGCUUCUUUGACUUGGUUUCCUGACCUAAUUUGCAAAGAGAAAAAGCAGUCCUGAAGAAGUGUUUGAUCAACAGUGUUGAAACUGGUGAAAAGCUUAAGUAGGACUAGCAGAUAAUUUUGGGACAAAAUCAGAAAGUAGAGUUAACAUUUCAGGUCCAGUGACCAUCCUGUAGAUAAUUGGGGUGCAGCUUGAAUCCAUCCCGCUGGUUGAAGGAUGGAUGUAGUCUACUAAUAGUGAAUACAUUUAGCUUAUGUGGAAUGUUGCAUUUUGUACCAUUGUCCUAAAAAAAAAUCAAAAGUUGAGUUUCAAUUUUGCAGCGAUCCCACGAUUUGAACAAUUACUGCACGUGGCUCACUGUGAGAUAGUGGUUGACUGAGAAAAUAGUAUCUCUGAGCUUGGCAUUUCAAUUUCACAUGUAUGAACUUUUGAAAUGUACUUUUGCAUUUGUUUGUGUGGGGUCAAAUAUGCUACUUGGUUUUAUUUUUUUAAAACUCCAUGUCUUCAGACAAGAACUGUGGGCUUGGCUAACCUUUUCAGUCUAGUUUUUAAAUCAUUUGAUGUUGAAUGAGAGGAAGCAUUAAAUCCAGUUUUGUUUUUUCUCUUAACAACCUCAAACUAUACUUCCAAGCCUUUGGCAUAUGCCUCGCCUCCCUAGUCAUGAUUGACAGCAUGUGGCCAGAACCUCUCUGGUAUUGCUCCUUUAUAUUGUCUUGUCAUGCUCCCCUUUCUGACUUCCUAUUUAAAAUUAAUGUUGUUCACAUGUAAAUUCUGACACUUCCUGCAUUGCCAUCCAUUGGCAGUGAAAAAUGCGUUAUGCUGUCCUUUGUUCUAUAUCCUCUUCUAUAAAACAGCGGUUGUGUUUAAAAUCGCUUUUAAAUGAAGUGGUAUUUUCAGUCCUCUAUAUUUUGACUGAACAGAAUGAUACCCUCAUUUUCAGUAUGGAAACAGUAAUGGCAACAUAGAAACAGGAGUAGGCCAUUCAGCCUCUCGAGCCUCCUCCAUCACUCAGUGAGAUUGUGGCUAAUCUGUGACCUACCUCCAUAUUUGCAAAAGGCAGCUAUGUCCCUUUAUACCUUUACGUAACAGCAAUUUAUCUGUUUCAGAUUUAAAGUUAACAACUGAUCCAGUUCUGGAUGUGAGUUUGCUCGCUGAGCUGGCAGGUUAGUUUUCAGACGUUUCGUCACCAUUCUAGGUACAUCAUCAGUGAGCCUCCGACGAAGCGCUGGUGUUAUGUCCUGCUUUCUAUUUAUCUGGUUAGCUUUCCUUGGGUUGGUGAUGUCAUUUCCUGUUCUUUUUCUCAGGGGAUGUUAG